UAGUGUGCACUGAUAUUGAACGAUUGGCACGUUAACAACAUUGUUGUGCCUUUCAACAUCUCAUGGAAUUACAAUUGUGUAGUAAUUUUAAGUAUUACGUGUGAAAAAUGAUAAAUAGUGUAAUUGUCUUGGUGUAUUCCUUUAUCGCUGUUUCAGGUUAUGGUGAUGAUCCUCGCAUGUCACACAUCCGUGGAGCACCGCUGCCUAGUACCCUGAGCUCAGUGGGAGGGGGUGCUGAAGUAUCCCCGCCCAUCUACCGGCCAGGAUCACAGGCAUACGUGGUCUCCCAAUUUGUGAAGCCGAAACCGCCGCACCAGUACUGGGAAGAGGAAACGUCUCUAACACUGGUCCCUGAGAACAAGAACUGUCUGCUGUGCGAGUCCCAGGACUCAGGGGCAUGCAGGGCCAUGCCAUCGUGCGUGUACUGCGAGCCGACGGUCACCGCGCUAUGCGAGAGGAGUACACCAUGUCUUAGGUGCACAGUAAUAAAGAACCCAUUCUUCAAGUGUAUCCCAGGGGAGAAGUAUAUGGACGAGUGUGACUCGUGCCGAUGCACCGACGGCCACGGCGGCUGGUGCACGAACCAGUUCUGCGAGUUUAGGUCGCUACAUCUCUACGCGUUGAAGCUCUCUGAUGGGGAGUUCUACUGAAAUUACGACCAUAUUUUAUAGUUGUUAAAGUUAUUUUUUACACAAAUAUAUAAACUGCACAUAGUC